AUGCUGUUGACGGUUGAAUCAAUAUGUACCACAAGCAAGCUCAAAAGAUCAGAGCAGUCCAUUGAUUCUCCAGAUUUCACGCACAUGCGCUGGCGGCGCAUUGUCUCCUCCGGAUGUUUGGUCACUGGAGCAGGUAUUCUUUGGUGGCAGCUCUUUGAGCUCUGCAAGCAAAGCCUACCAGUCCAUGGUGAAGACCGACUUGGAAGCGAGGUUGAGGUCGAAGACAAGAAGAAGCUGAAUGCACCAUCUGCUCCCUUGAGCCCCAAGCUGAUUGAUGCUUCUGUCAAGCAGCCAGUGCACGAGGAGCCAUCCAAAUCUCCACCCACCGUUGGGGGGCGAGUCGCAGUGAUGGUCGUAGGGCGAUCGCGGCUCUUCUCGUCAAGGAUCUCUCGCUCGAUGAAGGGCUUGAGGCAUCUGAGCCAUCGAGCCUUCGAAAGGCUUAGCAACGAAAAGAUCUCUUCACCUUUGGCAUCACAGCUUUUGCAUGUGCUUGAGCCCUUGAAAACUCAAGGGUUUCUGGUCGAUUAUGUGCUGUGUGCUGACCAGGUCAAGGAACAGCACCCCGCCAUUGUAGAGGCCUGGAGCUUCGAGGCCAAGGAUCAGCGCCAGCGAAUCCAGCAGUGCCUACGUUUGGUCUUGGCUCGUGAGAUCCAGCGGAACGUCUCCUAUGAGUAUUUCGUGCGACUGAGACCGGACCUCCUUGUGCUCACAGACCUUCCCAACCUGGAAGAUGCUGUUCUCGGAAGACACUGCAUCCUCGCCAGACUUCGUGCGGCGAACAACAUCAUGGAUCUUACAAAUGAGCAUCUCUCAUGGUGCUACUGCGAUCAUGGUUGCUGCUCACGUGGAGCACUCAAGGGAAAUGAUGCCAUGUAUAUCAUGGAUGACAUGAUCACCAUUGCAGCACGAGAGCCAUUCCUUCGCCUUUGGCAAGGGAGAGAACACCUGGAUAAACCCCUCUGGUUGAUGGCGCCGAUGGCUGAGACUUCGAUGACGAUGUGGAUGCUCCGGAAAGGAGUGCCUUUGUGUCCUUUGGCAAUACGGGCCUUGCCCUUGGGCAGUGGAAAUCCGCAUGCCGCCCAGAUGUCCAAGUGCGGCUAUGUGGAAGGAAGCCCCCCUUUGCUACAGAGUUGGCUGCUCAGGAUUAGUAAGAUUUGCUAGCCCAAGAGGUCUGGAUUCGGGCUGAGGCCACGUUGGGGGUGGCUGAAAAGAGUCAAUGUGGCUUACCCAAAGCUUCAAAAGACAACGUUCAUUUGAUCACAGCCAAAUAGCUGCCUUGGCUCCUGGACAUGCGAUUUAAGAUCAACGUGAGAGGUGUCAACAUGCGAUUCAGAAUCUGAAUGAAGGAAACGCCACAGAAUCUUCUCACAGUCACCGACCUCCGGCGUCCAGAUCCGUGCUGCAGAAUGCGUCCCGUCACAGAUCCGUGCGCUCAGAUGGUAGAGAUCCAUCGUCCCCGGAGAUGAUCUUCAGUGAUUGGGACCAGCUUGCAGAUGCGAACGCCGCUCUGCUUGUGCGAAAAGCGAGCG